AUGUUGAUAGCAUCGUGUUUCGAGAGUUGUCAUGGUGGAUACGGCUAUGGAGCUCGUAACGACGACGGGUUGCGAAUCCUGGAGUAUGCUGUUGCAAGUGACUUGAUCAUUGCUAACACGCAGUAUCGGAAAAGAAAAUCGCAUUUGAUCACGUACACCAGCGGCGGUCGUGAAACACAAAUAGAUUUCUGGAUGUUACGCCGACGAGAUCGUCGACUUCUGCAGGAUUCAAAAGUCAUCCCUACAGACCAUGUCGCUGCCCAACACCAUCUGCUCGUUAUGGACUUGAAAAUCUCCCGUCCAAGGAAGAAACAUCCAAGGACUGAAAUACAGCGCAUCAAAUGGUGGAAUCUGAAGGAUCGAAAGGAGGUAUUUUUCGCGUCCGUGGCUCCAUUUACACUUCCCCACCCUACUCGUAGUGUGGCGGAAAUGUGGUUGUCUACUUCCAGCGUUAUACGCUUGACCGCGGAGAACACUCUGGGAAAGACGACUCUAGGUAAGCCAAAGGCACAAACGGCUACGUGGUUUUGGAACGAGGAAGUUCAGGCGGCAAUUCGUGAGAAGAAGUCCAAGUAUAAGCUCUGGUGGAGGACGCGUCAGCCUGAAGAUCGGGGUGCUUACCUAGCGGCGAAGAGGAAGGCUAAGGAGGCGAAGUCGGACCGCUACAAGGCUGUGUACGACAUGCUUGAUACCAGAGAAGGCGAGCGGGCAGUGUAUCGUUUAGUCAGAGCACGUCAUCGCUCAACGUUGGAUAUGGAGCACACCAAGAUCGUUAAGGGAGCUGAUGGAGCCGUUCUGCGCCGCUCUGGUCAGAUCCUGGAGAGGUGGCGAGAGUACUACAAUCACUUGUGUAACGAAGAGUUCUGUCAUCCUCCCAUACAACCGUUCCCAGCGUCGAGGGUCCUGUUCUACCAAUUACUGCCGUCGAAAUCAGUGCUGCCCUCGCAAAAAUGA